CCGUGACGUCUCCAGUGCGACAAAGCUCACUGAAAGUCAAACUAUUCUCUUCAGGAAACGUCCACGCUUAACGCGUUCAUUCUUUCCCAUUUCACCAUAACUAGGUUGCUCCAUCUCCCCACCGUUUUGCCUUUCUCUCGCGCAGGAUCACUAGCCUAGACAAGAUGGCUGCCUGGCUGGUAUGGUGUCCUAGAGAGGACGGAAGCAAACGACUCUCUAGCCAACUUCCGACUAGGACUCCAAAGACCGUUACAGAAAGAUCUAGAAGAGGUAAAGAUGUUGCUUGAAAAAGCCAGUAGGAAAAGAGUACGUGAUGCCCUUACAGCUGAAAAGACCAAGAUUGAAACAGAAAUCAAGAACAAGAUGCAACAGAAAUCACAGAGGAAAGCAGAACAUCUUGACAAUGAAAAGCCAGCUGCUGUGGUUGCUCCCAUUACAACGGGAUAUACAGUGAAAAUCAGUAAUUACGGAUGGGAUCAGUCAGAUAAGUUUGUGAAAAUCUACAUUACCUUAACCGGAGUUCACCAAGUUCCCACUGAAAAUGUGCAGGUGCAUUUCACAGAGAGGUCAUUUGAUCUUUUGGUAAAGAAUCUGAAUGGGAAAAGUUACUCCAUGAUUGUGAACAAUCUCUUGAAACCCAUCUCUGUGGAAGGCAGUUCAAAAAAAGUCAAGACUGAUACAGUUCUUAUCUUAUGUAGAAAAAAAGCAGAAAACACACGAUGGGACUACCUAACUCAGGUUGAAAAAGAAUGCAAAGAAAAAGAAAAGCCCUCCUAUGACACUGAAACAGAUCCUAGUGAGGGAUUGAUGAAUGUUCUAAAGAAAAUUUAUGAAGAUGGAGAUGAUGAUAUGAAGCGAACCAUUAAUAAAGCCUGGGUGGAAUCAAGAGAGAAGCAAGCCAAAGGAGACACAGAAUUUUGAGACUUUAAAGUCCUUUUGGGAACUGUGAUGUGGAAAUAACUGAUGUUUCCAGUAAGGGAAUGCUGGUGAGCUACACAUAUAAAUUUGACAGAUUUGACUAUUUACCUAGCCUUCUAAGUAAAGGCAAGGAAUUCUCCAUUUCUUACUGGAGGAUUUAUUUAAAUAAAAUAUGCUUAUUAAACAUUUCCUGCAAAGAUGGUUUCAUUAGUACCUUGGUCAUUUUGUUCAAGAAAGGGUUAUAUUGCAUUCACAUGUGAAAUGUAAAAAGCAAGUCUUGCCUGAUGAAAAUGCUACAUUGUGUGUAUUUUUGUUAAGCUAAGAGGUAGAAAAUAAAAGUAUUUGUUUGUCUUUGUUACUGACAUCAGCUCCCACCAAUGUAAGAAUAAGUAAGAGUAAAACCUGAAUUUUUGCAUACAAUACAAAUCUGUACCUGAAGGUUACUGUAGAAUAGCUAAUCCCAUGUUACUGGCUUAAGCAAUGCAUAUGCCAUGCACUAAUAAUCCAAUCAUAAAUAUUUCUAUGUAGAUUUAAAUAUAUUUGUUUAUGAAUAUAGAAUAGAAACAAAAUCUAAACUUGACAAGCAUAAACAUCUUUGUAUAGUACCAGUUAGUAAGUCUUGCCAUAGAUCAGAUAGUUUACAAAAGUAAUAAACAUAAAGCAAAAAGUAAUUAAUAUGAAAGUCCAUCUAUUCCUUAUUCCUAUGUUCAAUAAAGUUAAAAUUUUCUUCAAUGGAAUAGUUUCACUGUCUAUCCAGCAUUAUGUCAGAAAAGUCAGGUUUUUAGUGGGAAUUGUUUAUUCCCCUUGAAAUCAGGAGCCAGAGCAAGGUGCCUACAAUCUGCAUUACUACAUUGUACUAGAGGUAUAAGCCAAUGUCUUUAGAUAAGAGAAAGCAAUUAGACACAAGGAAAAAUCCAAAAGGAUCAACCAAAACUGCUACAAUUAAUAAGAGAAUUUGGAAAAAGUAGUAGGAUUUAAAGUUAAAAUACAGAAACAGCCUAUAUAUAGCUGUUAGUAAAUACUGAAAUCCAGUAUAAUACCUCUAUAAUUGUAGUGUUGGCACAUAAAUAAACAGACCAAUGGAACUGAAUAGUAGAAAGACACAAAGCAUAUGAAAGUUUUAGAAUACAAAAGAUGGGUUUUUAAUGAUUUUAAGAUAACUAAAAAUAACCAUAUAGGUAUAUUCCAAACAGACUGAAGAUGUGACUGUAAAAAUGAAAGGAUACAAGUACUAGAAGACACAAGUGAGAUUCCAUUAUAACCUAAGAGUAGGAGAAAACUACAUUAUGUGACUUAAAACCUAUAAGUAAAACUACAUAUUAAUAAUUUUUAAAUA